GCGCAGAAUCCCAAGAAUUGGAGCAAGAUUAAGAAAUGGAUGCACACAAUCAUUCCCUGCGCUCUUGCAUGGGUCUUUGCGCUUGGGUCUUCGAUAGUUACGCCGGCGCAUAAUACGAUGGUUCAGAGAUUGCACACCUCGUCGACUGUGGUGGUGUUGACGCUCUCGCUAUACGUCUUCGGCUUGGCCUUUGGACCAUACCUCAGCACUUUGGGAAGCGAGAUAUUCGGCCGCAAGAGCGUGUACAUGAUAUGUGUACCUUUGUAUGCCAUCUUCAUGCUCGCGAGCGGCCUCGUGCAAGUACUGCCAGGGCUUCUACUCUGCAGGUUCCUCGCAGGCGUCUCUUGCGCACCUGCACUUCACAUGGGAUGGGCGACGCUCAGUGAUCUCUGGAGCCUAGAUGACCAGGUGCUGCCUCUCACAGCAUAUGUGAGCUCAGCCUUUCUCGGUUCGACAUUGGGUCCUGUUCUGGGCGCAUACCUUAGCUGGGAAGAGGAUUGGAGAUGGACACAGUAUGUCGUCCUUUGCGCUCUUGGCGGCUGUCUACUGCCCGUCUUGUUCAUGCAAGAGACAUCCAAGAAGGCGAUCUUGAGAAGGAAGCGUGGUGAAUCGGCAAGAGCGCCUUUGGAUCGAGAGGCCCUGUCGAUGAUCUUCGUCAAGCCGCUGAAAAUGCUCUUGGAACCUAUCGUGGCCCUUUAUGGACUGUACGCAGCCUUCAACUUCGGAGUGCUCUAUGCGGUCUACACGGCAUUCCCAGCAGUACUGUCUCAGGCCGAGCACUUCGACAGAGGACAUCAGGGCUUGUCCUUCCUUGGAAUGAGCGUCGGCGUGAUCAUGGCUCUGGUCCUUCUCGUUUUCCCCGGCACCAACCUCGAAAAACGCAAAACCUUCCUCCCCCCCUCAAACCAUCCACCCCCCGAAUGGCGCCUGCACCCCUCCCUCCCCGCAUCAAUCCUCCUCCCCGCCUCCCUCUUCAUGCUAGGCUGGACGGCGCGCCCCUCAAUCCCUUGGAUCCUGCCCAUCCUCGCCAUGGCCCUGUACGCCCUCUCCACCCUCACGACCUACAUCUCCACGACGCUCUACGUGCUCGAAAGCUACGGACCGGAGCAUGGAUUGAGUGCGGUGGGUGGGGUCAUGAUGGUGGUGUUUGUGUUUGGGGGCGUGUUUCCGCUUUUUGCGGAGGGCAUGUUUAGGGGGUUGGGGGCCGGGUUGGGGUGUAGUGUUUUUGCUUUUGUGGGGAUUGUGUUGGGGGUUGUGGGGCCCGGGGUGUUGUUUGUUUUUGGGAGGGGGUUGAGGAGG